AUGGCCACAUACUAUCAAAAAGCUAACACCUUGUACAAUACCCAUGCUUACAGUGGGACACCUACAGAACUUCUAUCAACAGCUUUUCAUCCAUUAUCUUCAUACGGCAUAGAUGCAUCAACGACUUCCUAUUCUCACACGCAUCAAACCCAUCCUGCUGUUCACACACAAGCGCAUUACACACCAACUCUCCAGAACCAAGUUAACUGGCCGCAACUAGCCCACAGAUAUGGUCAUAUGGCCGGUUCAGCAUCUGUUGCUGCGGACUAUAAUAAUAAUCGACUAUUUAGUCAUAGUUCGAAUUCCCUUCUUCCCACCUCGGCAGAAAUGAACGGUAGUAAUCCAAGUGCUCAUCGAAAUAUCCGUCAAACAGCCACUCCAACAACGUAUCAAGAAUGGCUAGCAUCUAGUAAUCAGCCAACAAUCACAACAUCAACAAGCAGCCUUAAGAGUUCAAAUAACAGCAAUGGUCGUUCUCUCAAUCUUGAUAGUUCUAUGUCCACACUAGUCUCUCAGCACGAUCAACAAGUGUUGCCCCCUUCUCAAAAGAACCAAAAUGGUUUACGUGUAAACGCUCUUAACAGAUACCCUUCAUCUGUUUUUCAUCGGACAAUAAAUUCAUCACCACCACCAAAUACACACGGGGACUACCUGCCUCAAACGAUAAAUGGAACUGACAUGCAAAACAGCCUCAGUAAUUCUCCUGUAUCUUUUUCGGAUAUUUCCGUAUCUACGUCGGACAUAGUCCAAACACUUCCUCAUCAAUCGCUUCAUUCCCAGCAACAUCACUCUUCACUACAUCAACAACAAUCUCUUCACAAUACGUGUCACCAGUUAAAUCGUUUGAACUCUCCCGUUGUUUCUAACACGUAUAUCCAGUUGCCUCAUCCGGCAUUGGAUCGCGCUGGUAGCAACGAUGACGGACUUUGUUCUUCGGAUCCUGAUUCUUCAAGUCCAAAUUCACUGAUGAAUGGAAGCCGAGCACCUUACGAUUGGAUGCGGUCAGCACAAAUGGAAAAUAAUUCAAAAAUACGGAAAGCAGGUAAAGAAAAGUUAACUUUUAAAUGGACGUGUCAAUAA